AUGCAUUGGCAGAACACGACACUUGACGAAUCGUGGAUAGACCACCAGCGUGACGACACGGUCACUCUUGCUGCUGAUGGAGGCGGCAUAGGCAUCUUCGGCCGUGAGAAUGCUUAUUUCAAAAACACGUACUAUAUGACUCCAAUUGUUAUCGUAAUUGUUACAAUUUUCAUUAUUUGCGGCAAUAGUUUGGUCUUGGCUGUUGUGUUCUUCGGGAAAUCACUGUCUAAUGCAAGCGGACGAUUCACGGCAUCUCUGGCGUGCGCAGAUCUUGGCAUCGGCGUUAUAGUUACGCCUUUUUCCAUUUACACCGCUGUUCUCAACGACUGGCCAUAUGGACACACUGUAUGUAUUAUGGCUUCUUUUUUCACCGAACUUUUUUCGUGUAUUUCUGUCUGUUCAUUGGCGCUUAUAGGAGUUGAUCGCUACAUUGCCGUUGUAAAACCCCUCAGAUACCACGCAUUGAUGCCGCCUGAGACUGCACGGAACAUCGUAAUCAUGACUUGGAUCGCGGGCAUCUGCCUCUGUAGCGCCACUCCUUUACAACUCGUCAAGACUAUCUAUUACGCCGAUCUAAUGGUCUGCAACGUUUCCUGGGAGACUGAAUUAGUCUAUUCUUUCGUCAUGAUCAGUAUAGUCGCGAUACCUGCCUUUGUCACCAUAGCAUUCACGUACUACCACAUAUUUCGCAUCUCUUAUAAAGCCGCCCGACAAAUUGAAUCAGAAGAACAACGCUUUCUUGGACCCAAUUCCACAUUAGGUACAAAUAGGAGAAAGAACGCCAUGAAAUCAUUUUUAAUAGUGUUAGGUUUCUUUGUGUGCUGGAGUCCCUGGCUAGCACUUCAAAUUCAAGAAAGUGCCGUCUUCGCUGCGAACGACGGCGCAAUUGGUGUCACUGUGUGUCCAACCAUCAACGAUAAUAUCGGAGAUGUUGUCGCCACGACACCACUCGGAGACAAGUGCUACUGGUUCCAAGCAGAGGGUAGUCAUAACAGGCAAUGGAACGAGGCUGUCGAUUGGUGCAUAUCACAAAACGGUUACCUCGUUAAGUUUGAAACACUGCAGGAAGAGAGUGACGUCAUUGAGCAUAUCAACAUUCAGAAUUAUACAAAGACCGAAGAUUUCUGGACGGCUGGCGAGUGCACAGGGGACGUUACUAAAGGAGACUGUGAUAAUAAUGACAAUUGGUACUGGGCUAUAGAAAGCCGCCCAGGUAAAACAGGUGAUAUAAUGGAACAUAAAAACUGGGCGCCCCAGGAACCGAACCCAUUAAAAGGUGGCAAUGGCAAAGGCUAUAAUAUGGUCCUGAAACGAGUUUCUGACAUUUGGCAAUGGUACGAUGAGAACUAUGAUAAGAAAACCAACUACAUAUGUGAAUUUGACGCCAUUGAUGUUACAACAAAUACACAACGUACGAUAAGUACUUCAACACACCAUACUACAACGUACACCACACCAACUGAACAACUCGGAUGUUCCAGUGUAACGGACAACAACGGCGAUAUAUCGCCUACUGUUCACAUAAAAGAUAGAUGCUACUCAUUUCAGCUGUAUGGUAACCAACUGUCCUGGAACGAGGCUGUAGAUUGGUGCUAUAUUCGUAACGGUAGUCUUGUAAGGUUUGAAACUCCAACAGAGUGGGACAGUGUAUAUGAAUAUAUAAAUAUGAAUAUAUCUGAACAUGACAGUCCAAUAUGGACGGGAGGAGGUUGUUAUGGAAAUAUUAGUGCUGGAGAAUAUGAUUGUGAUUAUAAUUGGUAUUGGAUAGAAGAUGAUGGUAGUCAAGGCGAUGUCAUAUCAUUUACAGUAUGGGACCACGGUGAGCCGAAUCCCAGUGAAGCGAACGCAGGUCAAUACGUUGCCAUGGUGAUGGAUGAAACAAAUAGUGUUGAUACAUGGGCGUGGUAUGAUUGGAAUUAUUUAGAUCAUCAUUCAUUUAUUUGUGAAUUUGCUUAUGGUAACCAACUGUCCUGGAACGAGGCUGUAGAUUGGUGCUAUAUUCGUAACGGUAGUCUUGUAAGGUUUGAAACUCCAACAGAGUGGGACAGUGUAUAUGAAUAUAUAAAUAUGAAUAUAUCUGAACAUGACAGUCCAAUAUGGACCGGAGGAUGUUGUUAUGGAAAUAUUAGUGCUGGGGAAUGUGAUUAUGAUUGUAAUUGGUAUUGGAUAGAAGAUGAUGGUAGUCAAGGCGAUGUCAUAUCAUUUACAGUAUGGGACCACGGUGAACCGAAUCCCAGUGAAGCGGACGCAGGUCAAUACGUUGCCAUGGUUAUGGAUGAAACAAAUAGUGUUGAUACAUGGGCAUGGUAUGAUUGGAAUUAUUUAGAUCAUCAUUCAUUUAUUUGUGAAUUUAAAAAUGGAAUCGACAAGAUAACGAAGAUACCAGUUUAA